UCUGUAAAUUUUCUAUUUCAUUAUAAAACAAAUUAUUCAUUUACCAUUUGUAUAAAUAUAAAACGCAUUGUACGUCUUUAAAGUGUACAAAUUCUUGUGACAUUUUUAUAUAAGAAAUGAUGUAGGCCUGGCUUCUAAAACAUGAAGAUGACCUUCACCCAUAUUUUUUAGGAUUGACAAAAGUAGGUUAUUUAAUAGCAUUCAUUACUACAUUACUACAGUUAUUCAGAUUAUGAUCUUCUGUUACAGGUUUAAUAUAUGUUUAAAAGGAAAAAUCUCCUAAAGCAAAUUUCUCACAGUUAGUGUUGGAUUCCACUAUGUCCUAAUUAGAAUAGUAAUAAAGAAUAAUUAUACAUUAUCACAGUUCAUAAAAAUGGUCAAUGGUGUUUUUAGUUUGGGCUUGAGAAGAAAGAUUGUUUAAAGUAGUUAUAGGAAAGGGACAGAACCUAAUAACAGGAACAAACAAGGAGCCGAUCUGACAGGUUCUUUCUUUUAAGAUCAACGUCGCAUCAAAUUUGAGAUAUUUUAAAACCUCCUCUUUACUAUACACUUUUUUUUUUUCUUUUAAGUACAUUUCUUUUAUGUAUUUUUUUUCAAUGUUCUGUUUGCUGACCAAACAGCUUUUUUCCCUGUUGAAAAGCAAACAUACUUUUAAUUCUAGAAAAAGCCACACCUCUACUGUUUGUACAUUAACAAUGUAAUUCAAAUGAGAGCCUCCCCUCCUACUCUGUGACUGGACUAUUGUCAGUUAUUACACACUUCCCUGUUCCUGUAAUGUUACACUCACUUUUUGUGAGUGUGAUUUGCUGGUCUCCAAAGCUGAGUGUGACUUGACACAUACAGCAAUUUCACUUAAGAAAUGGCUUUAAAGAAAACAGGGUUUUUAAUGUAUAUCUCUUUAUUUUUAUUUACCUUUUCAUUAAUAUACAUUGUAAUGAAUUCUAGAAGAAAAAGCUGCUUACAGAAAAAGCGAACGGACAUGGAACACCUGAUCAAGCACACUGUUGGAGAACUGCAAGCUUGUUCAGCUAUCCUCCAAGGAGACAUGGAUGGAGUCGACAGCAAACACUUCAAAAAACUUCUUGCUGGGUGGAAAAAACGUUCUCUUCUUUCUGAGUCCUUCUACCUAAAUGCCACAAAGGAUUGUGACAAUUUUAUCAGAGACAGAGGGUUUCUGACAGUUCCUCUGAGCAAUGAGGAAAGAGACUUCCCAAUCGCUUACUCCAUGGUUAUCCAUGAAAAGAUUGAGAUGUUUGAGAGGCUCCUGCGUGCUAUUUACACACCUCAGAAUGUCUACUGUGUUCAUGUGGACCAGAAGACACCUAAGAUCUUUUUAGAGGCUGUAAGCGCGAUUGUGUCUUGUUUGCCCAAUGUGUUUGUGGCCAGUAAGUUAGAAAGUGUCAUCUAUGCCUCCUGGUCAAGAGUUCAAGCGGACCUAAACUGCAUGGAGGAUCUUCUCAAGUCUCCUGUCAAGUGGAGAUAUCUGCUCAACACAUGUGGGGCAGAUUUUCCCUUAAAAACCAAUGUGGAGCUUGUUCGUGUUCUGAAAAAUCUCAAUGGAAGGAAUAGUAUGGAGUCUGAAGUUACAAGUCCACACAAAAAAGGCCGCUGGGAAUACCAUCAUAACAUCACAACCACUGUGAUUCGAACAGACAUUAGGAAAACCCCUCCACCCAUCAGCACCCCCAUGUUCUCUGGAAAUGCAUACUUUGUUGUUACUAGAGAGUUUGUCGAACAUAUCAUUAAGAGUCCGGAGAUCCAGAACUUCAUGGAAUGGGAGAAGGACACAUACAGCCCGGAUGAGCACAUGUGGGCAACACUACAGAGAAUGCCUUCGGUGCCUGGCUUCAACCCACCCAAUGAAAAAUAUGAUGAGUCGGACAUGCUGGCCAUUGCGAGGUUGGUCAAGUGGAGCUAUCAUGAAGGAAAUGUAAAGAAUGGAGCACCAUACCCACCGUGUACUGGAACAUAUAGGCAUGCAGUGUGUGUUUAUGGAGCAGGGGACCUGAACUGGAUUUUAAAGCAGAAACAUCUCUUUGCUAACAAAUUUGACCCAGGAGUGGAUGACAUUGCUAUAAAAUGUUUGGAGGCUUAUUUACGGUACAAAGCAGUUUAUGGUCAGUCUAUACUUAACAUAGAUAAAGCUAAGAUAAUUACCUAAAAUACAGCUACACCUUUAUAUCAAUUGUGCAUAUAUUUUGACGUACUGUAUAUGGAUGUCUUAUUUGUUUAUACAGUAUGUAUAGCUUAUUUGAGGAAAUAUAUUAUUCAUGAACCUUAAUAUUGUAAGUAAUACUUCAAAAUAACAGUUGAAAGAAUGUAAAGAUAGUCAAUCAGACAAAACAGAAGUGAGUGUGUUUGUUUCAGUCUCAUUACAAUAGUUGUAAAACAAAGUUGUUUUUAAUUUCCUUUUUAAUCUUUCUUUCUACUCCUAAUAUUUAUUCUGUCUUAGGAUAUUUUAUUUUAUUUGCAACAUUUGGGUAUUAAAUGUGCUUCAUGUACUUACAUUUGCACUAAGUUUAAGUAUUGUAGCAAGUAAAAUAUAUUGCAGGCAGUGUGUUUUAAGGCAUGUGUUGAUUUAAGAUAUCAGUUCUUAUUAUUAAUAAGAGCUAAGUAUUUGCUGAAUAAUAUGCUGAUUCAAUAUUGAAAAAAAAAAUUUAUAGCUUGAGCACCUUUAUUUAAUGGCUCUCGGAUUCAAUAGUUUUGACUUUGUUGCUUUACAUUUCUUCCCUCUUAAUCAUACAUGCAACAGUGUUGUGAAAUAUUUAGUGCCACACAUAGAUAUUAUUGGACCAGUUGUACUGACAGAGUGUACAAUGUACAAAUAGUUUGUAAAACACAUACUUAACUUGCUUCCUGAUUACACAGGAAACCAUGUAUGUAAAUACAAGUACUAUUGUCAUUUAAAUGCAUACAGAUAACCACAAGAGGUUUUCAUCUUUUACAAAUUAAACACGUCAAAAGCAAAUAAAUGAGACACAACUCACAUGCA